AUGGCGACGACAAUAUCAAAAAACGUGCAAUUGGCCAAGGCGCUCCCGGCCCGGCUGCUAACUUUCCUCGCGCGGUAUCCGCCGGCCGCAAUCCUCCCCGACGGCGCAACCCCCGAAACUCACAAGACAGCGUAUCAAGAAGAGACGCCAAACCCGUUUCUGCCGACCAAACACCCCGUCACCGGGAGGUGGCACAACCCAAAGUACUCCUUGCGCCGACAGGCUGAGUUGGUAAAGAUGGCGCGAGAACACCACGUUGAGGAGUUGCUGCCUUUUACACCCAAAGGCACCGAGGAGAGGUUACGCAAGAGGGUCGAGCUUGGUUUGCGCGUCAAGGGUACCGGUGUUGGGCAGAAGGUCAAGGGUCACAAGCACGAGAGGCAGCUCCAGGCAAAGAUGGAGAAGAGGAGAGAAGCUAUGCUCAAGAUGCCGGAGCUCAUCAGGCAAUACAGAAGUAUGCCGAGAUGGAAGUUCACAAAGACCUUCAAGUUCCCCAAAUAA